AUGUCAGUGAAAUUCGCUGGCGUUAAAUUAGCUAGUCUUAAUUGGGUCGCUCGGCUGUUCUGUGCAAUCACUCCUGGUGGACCGGCUGACAGAAGCAAAAAGUUGCACGUGGGUGACAAAAUCACGGAGCUGAAUGGACAUCCAUUGGCUAUACAGACACACGCCGAUGUGGUGGAACAGCUCUGUACAAAGCACCACCGUCUAGAGCUUACAGUGGAGCGGCAACGUGUUGGGAGCGUAUUCCAAAUUCCUGUUCUAGACGCCGAUGAUAAGUCCAAGCCAGUUAAACGAUCUGGAAGUCGGUCGGGUGAACGGCUCAAGCAACAACAGCCAUGCCACCUUGAACCUGUACCAGAGGCUCUUGAUUCCUCUUGGAAUUCGCGAUCCUCUGUUUCGUCAAACUACAGUUUAAAAGAAUCAGGAUUUUACACUGUGGAUUUAAUAGCGGAUGGUCGAGGAUUCGGUUUUUCUAUGCGCAUGAAUCAAUGUCACAGUGGAGUUAUCAUGACCAUACUGCGAAUUGAGAAAGGAAGCCCGGCAUUUCGUGACAUGAAAAUGGAAGUUGGUGAUGAAGUUCUGGAGAUAAAUGGAACCCCAACGAAGUCUCUGACGUACUCGCAAGCAGUUAGAGUUGUCAAAUAUGGUGGAGACCAUAUCCAUCUUAAAUUGCAGCGUGUGACCACAUGCAUCUACGACCUGUCUGUUUGA